AACAGGACAAAUAGGAAAUUUCACUCUGGCGAGGCAUGAAAUGGCUUCUCUCCCAACAAUGAAGAACAUUCCCAAUGUUGAAAAUGCCUUUAAAGCAUCCAAGAAACACAAAAACAAGAAAAGGAAAAAGGAAAAAAAGGAUAAGGGCAAAAAGCAUGUGCCUGACUUCUUGUUCCACGACGGCUGCCAUGAGGCAGUGUUUACACAAAUGCAAGAGACUAAGAAAAGAAAAAAGCCAAAGACAAAAAUCAAACCGAAGGAAGACUUUCAGCAACCUACAUUAAAUAAACAGUUCAAGCAACCUGAAGAUACGCACCAAACUCAGCCCAUCAUCUGCAUCUCCCCUGAUCAGAAGACACCACAUUCACCUGUGAAGGAGUGUAAUAGAAGUGUUAAACGUAAAAAGAGAGUCGUUUUCAACUUGCCACCGGAGCAGAGCCAAGCUCCAAAGACAAAUGAUGAAGAAUAUGGAAAGAAGCAGCUGGUCAGUGAAAGCAGCUUGGAAUCCAACACAGCUGAAGAAAUGACCAGCCAAGACCUGUUUAUUAUACAGAAAUCAUUCUUGGAUCCAUAUGUGGAGAUCUCCAGCACCUCAAGCUCCAUUACUGAUGGGAAGCUGCCAGAGAACCUCUCAUGUAGUUUAACUGCUGAAGCAACAACUCAAACCGAAAACUUCUUCACGUUCCCAGCACUCUCCACUUCGCUCAGGUUUCAGCAGAACACGUCCAAAAGCCUGGAGGAACCAGUAGACCUGAGCCUGCCAAACAGAAUAAGACAAAUGCACGGUCCAAAACAACCCACUGUAGAUUCUGAGAAACCACCCAUGCUGAAGAUAUCAGGCACAUCCAGUGAAGACGGUGAUACGGUGCCCAAGGCCAAAGGUGAUCUGCUCCAGCUGAAGGUCAUCCAGACCCGCUUGAACGAGUCUUUCUUUUUUAAGGUGAAGGGUGAAGACUCUCCGAAGCCCAUGUGCCCUUUGAUGAAGCUCACGGAAAGAGUUGAGAAAAGAACGAAGAAGUAA